AUGCCUCCACAUACUAUGGGAUCACUGAUCCCCAAAUCGUCCCCCUCAUUCCAACAACGGGUCUCUUCGCGACACUCCACUCGUCAUGGCUCUCCUCCAGAUUCUUCCGAACAGCUACGAGCGGAACUCGAGCGAGACGACCUGGUGGCUGACGGCAUGGACACCGCCAUCUGCAUGCCCACUUCUCAGUUCAAGUCCUCCUACCUCACUCCCCCGAGUGGCGUGGGCGGCAAGUUCUCCAGCGUAUUCCCCGACGCGCAGGUGACACUAAUCCACCAGGAGUUCAAGAAACCCUUCGAGAACGGCAAGAAGCCCCUCGAGAAGGAUUUAUACGAAGCUUGGAGCGCAGCCGAUAAAAUCAAGCCUUUGCUGCCGAACCACUUCUUUCACGUCUCCCCGGACAAACCCGACCUCCACAGUAGUCGUCAAGACAAGCCCGAUGCCAGCUUCAUUCCCACCGACGAAGCUCUCCCCGCUCACGACCCCGGCCGCGCUAAUUUCAGGCUGCUCAACAUCUCCGUCGAAUUCAAGCGAGGAUCCCCGGGGGCGGAUCCCUUUGACGACAGCGACGAUCCGGACCACGAGAAGCUUAGCUCGGACCGCCUCGCUGUACGCGGUCAGCUCAUGGCCUAUACUCUCAGAGUGUUCAGGCUUCAGUUUCGCGAGGCGCACUUCCAGCUCUUCGUCAACGGCCGCCAAUUCCGCUUCCUCCGCUGGGACAAGUCUGGUGUCGUCGUCACCGAUCCCGAGGAUUACGUGACCUUGGAAGGCACGCGGAAACUUCUACGCAUGCUCUACGACUUCUCUUGCCUCGAUCGCAAGGGCCAAGGAUACGACACCACCGUCAAGCUCCUGCCGUCGACUAGCUCCGGGUGGCAACAACUGGAACUCAUCAAGAGGAGCCACCCCUUCGACGUCGAGGCGUAUCCCGACGCUCCCGUGCCCCAGACGCCCCUUCCUCCCUGUCUCUCCCUUCCUUGGUCCGCAGUCCCGCAGUCUCUCCUGUUCAAAAAGAAUUUCUUGAGGGCGGACCCUCUGAAAGCCGCGUCACCCAAAGCGGUCCAGAUAUUGGCUCUGGCCCGCGACGGCGACCGGGUCAGCACCGACUCGGAGUACUACGAGCCGACGUACGAGUACAUCCGCUCGAAGUUCGCCGAGACGCUAGGCGACGGCGCUCUGCGGUACGUCAUGCGCAUCGGCAAGAGGCUGUUCCUCGUCGGCGAUCCAGUCUUCCACGCGUUUGGCGUCGUUGGGCGCGGGACGAAGGGCUUCUUCGCGCUCGACUGGCUCACGCAGCGGAUCGUCUUCGUCAAGGACACCUGGCAGCCGUUCUACUCGGGGCUCGAGAGCGAAGGGGCCGUGCUCAAGCGGCUGAACGAGAAGAACGUGCGGUUCGUGCCGACGCACAUCUGCCACGAGGACUACGUCGACCAGGAGACGGAGACGUCGAACUACGGCCCCACGGGAUCGAAGAGGGUGGACUUUUCGCUCCGCCUCGCGAAGACCCAGAACGCUGUCGCAUCGUCGUCGACCCCUGCCGCAGCCGCUGCGACGCCCGCCCAAGGCAAGCAGGGUGCGAAGCUGCGUCAUUUCCGACACCAUCGGCUUGCCGUCUUCGAGGUCUGUCUGCCGUCGACCGCGUUCAAGGACGGACGGAUGUGGACGCUGAUAGUCUUCGCUGCGCUUUGUGCGCAUAGGGAUGCAGUCAAACUGUGCGAGAUCGUGCAUCGGGACGUCAGCGUCGGGAACAUUCUCGUGUGCCCCCAAGUCUCAGGGAACCGCCUCGAGUGGGAGGGGAAGCUGAGCGAUUGGGAGCUGUGCAGGACGAACGUCCCCACAGUCCCUGCUCGUCAGCCUAUACGCACAGGCACGUAUCAAUUCCAGCCAAUAAUAUGUCUCAAGGAUCCCGAGACGGUCGUUGGCGUAGCCGAAGAAUUGGAGUCCUUCUUCUACGUUUUCCUUUACAACGCGGUCUGCCUUCUCGACCACAACCUCCCUGAUGUGCACGGGUUUGUCAGCAAGUUCUUUGACGACAACUCCGCCCGUGUGCCUCAGCUGAAGAAGUUGGCCAUGACCCUGAACGGCACGAUCGUCGAUGCGGAGGACAUCAAGCUGCGGUUCGAAGCAAGUGGCAACCUCGCCACGCACCCUAUCAACGACAUCAUCGACGAGCUCCUGGAGUUGUUUCAAGCACGGUAUCAAGUGCUGCAGUACGACGACGACCUGCGCGCCUAUCGGAAGAAGCUCUCCGCCCUUCAAUCGCAGCAAGAGCCCCUCACGAGCGAUGCCAAAACAAACUCAGAUGACGUCGAGCUCGUCGAGUUGGAUGCUGCUGAUGAGCCGGAUGCCGCUGCGAAGCUCGCUCCAAGCCAGGUCAGAAUCUUGGCCGACGAACUCGUCGUCGCCCCUCGUCUGAGGAGGGCGCCCGGAGCCAAGGAGCCGAAGCACCCUGGUCAGGACGUCUUCGAUCUCGCGGCGCGGCUCGACAACCACGCGUAUGUCAUCGGGCUCUUCAAGGGGUACCUCUUGCAGAACAACUGGCCCGCGAAAGAUCGGCUCCCGGAGAGCGCGCUCACGGGGUACGUGCCGCCGCGGUACGUACCGCCGACGGCGAAGAAGAUGAGGUCGGAGGCUCUUCCUCCCUUGCGCUCGUGGUCGAUGCAGUACUCUGGGAGUGGUCGGAGCGGGUCUGCAGGCGGAGAUACCCAGGAGACCCGGGCUGCGAAGAGGCAGAGGCUUAUGGAUGGUGUUCCCGGCGACAGUUGA